AUGAAUCCGUAUGAAGAACAACAACAACAAAAUAACGAUACAAAUCAAAGUGGAGUUGGAGGUUAUGUAAAUUAUUACAAUCCAUAUGUUCCUUCCUAUGUUGUUGGUGGAAAUGGAGGAAAUGGCUCUGAAUCAUCGACACCUGUCAUUAUUGAUUCAGCAUCUUCAUCAACAACACAAUAUUAUUCUUCCUAUCCGAAUAGUGAUACUAAUUAUACUAAUCAGUAUUAUUCUGGAGGUGGUGGUGAUUAUUCGAAUCAAGCUCCUCCUGUGAGUGAACCGAGUAUUGUGGUAAUUAGUGAAAGACCAGUUGAGAAUGUUGUGAAUUUACCUCCACAGAAAAUUCAUAAUGAUGACGUGAAAGUGGAUCCUGUCAUUCAGAGAGAAUUGGCAAAUAGUUCAAAUAUUUCGGCUGUUUCGGAAACUGCACCAGCUGCAACCACAACCUAUUCGAAUAAUAAUAAUUACAGUGCUACCAAUAAUACCUCUUCUAAUUACAAUAGUAGAAGAAGAACAAGUUGGAAAUGUCCAACAAUUUCAUGUUCAUGCCCAUCAUUUUCUUCAAUUGAUUGUGAUUGCUCAGCAAAAACCAAGGGAAUACUCGUUAUUUAUGGUGGAGGUGUCUUGCUGGUUCUCAUUGCACUGGCAUUAUUUGGAGUAGGUGGAGCUCUGUACGGAGUUGUUAAUUCAGAUUAUUAUUGCUAUAAUGAUCCAAAUGGAAUUUCUUAUGUUCAUCAAGGAUGUUGUAAUGCAACUCUGAAUGGUUGUUCCUAUUACAAAUCGAAUUCCUAUUGUUACUUUACCAUUUCAUUUCCAAGGUUGGGCAGUGCCAAAAUUCAACAAGAUCCUAAAAAAGGAUUUGGGUUGACUUGCUCAGCUGUUGGAAAUCAAGUUGUGACCAUGACCUCUGCCAAAACUUACUCUAGUUCUUUUUCCCUCUCUAUGCCCUCUUCCUCAAUGAUAGAUUGCUACACAAACAAGUAUGAAACAGCAGUAUCUCUGGACCCAUACAGUGACUUGUACACUUCUUACAUUACUGGUGGAGUUAUUUGUUUUUGUUUUGCUGCACCAAUUUUAUUUUUCGUAUUUAUUAAGGUUGCUAUUUGGCUCUAUGUCAAGUGGAAAAACAAUUAA